GGAGGCACGUGUCAUGAAGUGUGUGACGUCACAAAGAGAAGAUUCAACUGCACAUGUCCGCCCGCUUUCAGCGGAUACAAGUGUCAAUUCGUGCUUCGGUCAUGUAAAGACGUCAUGAAGUAUAAAGAUGUAAGCAUCAAAGGCAUUUACGAAAUUGUGGGGAACAGUAACAAUUCUUCCCCAGUCUACUGCGACUUUGGUUCCGAGCCCGGUAUGGCAUGGACUCUGAUUCAGUCUCAUUCCUUAGGAAAUAAUGGCGCGUUCGUAAGAAAACCAUUUUACCAGCACGACAUGCUCAUCAAUCAGGAUACGCUUGAUUGGAGUAGUUACCGUCUCUCGAUGUCCCGUAUAAAGUCAAUUCAAAAAGUGUCCACUCACUGGCGAGCCACUUGUAAUUUUAUAACCGAUGGAGUGGACUACCGGGAUUACUGGAGAGUUUCCUUGACUAAUUUGGAUCUUCUUGUGAAGCCUCCAACCCCUGACUUCUGUCUUUUCUCUGAGUUUGUUAACGUGCGUGGAAAUGAGUGCACCAACUGAGUAGUACAUAUGGCUACUUGGGGUCCUAACCAAUCAGAGCGCAGCAAAUUUCGUCUCGACCAAUCAGCAUCGCGCAUUUCGCCCAUGUGACUUAUUGACGUCACAACCCAUUGUUUUAAACCACGUGACCCCAUAGGAAUAAAGAACACGCACACACAAGAGUUGAAUCUACAUUCUUGACAUAGUUUUAAUGACCGCGUAAAACCCUGGGUACAAGUGGGACGUGUGUGACGCCCUACUGACGUCACGCCCAUUACAAAUCUAAUAGCAAAUCGAGUUCGUUCCCAAUCCUCUGGUAGCCAUAGGGAUAACUGGAUCGGUGGCGACCUCAAUAACGCGUUGUCGAACACCAACCCUUACUGCUUCACGCGAACCACUUGAAUUUGUUUUUGUUCCAAAUCUCGUUUUGAAAUAAUAAGGGUUGGUCAGGUUCAAAUUGCGUCGAGACUCCUGGGGCGAAUCCAAUUCAAAAGAGAAUGUUGUCUUUCAUGGUUCUGAAAAUUGAGAAUAGCGGAUCCACGGACGUUGAGCGUGAAACCGCGGACCUUGCAUACCACUUUGCCUCCACGGGUCUGGUACCCAUAAUUCUUAGCACCCCCGAAACAAACUCGGUGAUGACGUCACCGUCCAAUUCGUCGGUCAUGUCCCCAAAAAUCGCCAGUGGCAAUGCUGGGUUGACCGGGCCGCCAUUUUGUAUACCACACUAUCAGUGUCGUAGUAAAGGACUUGCUGUUGCAGGGUAUCCAGAGACUCGUAGAGCUUGAGUCGAGCAUGGCAUGUAGUGAAAGCGGCCACAAAAAUAUUGGUCUUGGUGCCUUUGACAGCAUUGUCUUGGACACUGGUGUAAACGGCUUCCAAGAUAUCGUCUGUGCAAAGGCGGAGCGUACUAAGGUCGAGGGCAGCAUCCGAGAUGAGAUUGAACAAUUGGGCGGGGUCUUGGACGGUGACAGUGGUGGGUUUAUUGAUCCGCUCCCCCAAAUUUGCCCCAGAAACUGUUCAGCAUGAGCUUGGCCGUGGCUUUGCGACCGGGAUUUUUGGCAAUGCUGGCAAUGUCCAGUCGGAUGCCUUCCCGUUCCUGGUAACGAAGAAUGUAGUUGUGUUUUGCUCGAGGGUCUGACACCAGCCGGGCCACCCCUGCCGAUUCUUGUUUGAUCUUGAGCCAGGUGUUCACGUAAUCGGCAAAAGACCCGAUUGGCGUUGCUCGGGAGGAAAAUGCCAGACUUCGUGAAUCUUGAUCAGCGUGUACCCCUUUUCGACCGCUUUGACCAAUUCGGGUGUGCAACAGGUCCCACGUAGCGUGCGAUCCACAUCGGAAUGAGGGCAAUAACGGGUUCAGGUCAACAUGGGUUGGGCCUGCUCGGUCUGAACACAGGCACGGCAGAGAGGAAAGGUGAGCUUGUGGCCACUACGCACAGGCAGAACGGGAUGGAACAAACCAGCAGGGGAAGAAUAUCGACGGUGGCUAGACCGAAAUAGGGUCCAGGGACUGGUCGACAGGCUGCGUGAUGAUCCGCGGAUGCCCGAUGGGAUAGGGACAGUUUUAUUCACCCACGGGUACAGGGAGGUCACAUCCACAUAGCGUAUUUCCUCCCCUCUCCAGCUACGGCAUGCAGAGCCACGGCACCGGUUCGACCUCCAAAGAAGGCUUCACGGGUUCCAGGGUGCCACCAAAUCAAGGAAUUCAAGAAACGUUGAACAGCUUCAUCCGUGUCCACUAGUCGGUCCCAUUCAUUCCCAUAUUUCGAUGACGGUAUAGCCUGCUCAGGUAGGGCCGUGCGUUUUGGAGAGCGUGGCUUGAUAGAGUUCCUCCACGGUUCGAUCCGGUGUGGCAUAAUGUUUGGCGUUUCUCGCGGGAUAACAGCGGGACAGCCAUGGUAGAGACAUCCGUGGAACUCAUAGACGGUGCGAGUCACAGGAUCGUAGCCAUCGACGAAAUGACUGUCGACGCUGGUUCCACGGACCGACUGUUCGCCGCCAUUACGAACGUGACGUAUGCGAUCAGCACUAGCCCCUUUUGGGAAGGAGAUGUUCUUGGUAAUAGAGCCAUUGGAGGGCUUUGAGGAAUGAUUGACUUGGGCCCCUCGCCACCCUCGAGAGGUUCCACUGCAAUGGUGUCGGGGUCAAAUGAUGCUUGCGCCAAUACAAAUUGCAGGCACUGGCGAUGGUGAUGCACUUGGCCAUAGGAUUGAAGCCCGCCUGUUGUUCAAAUUCUUGUUGAAAGGCUUCACACCCAGCUUUCAAUAGAGCCAACAUCGGAUUUGCAAUACUCAAUCAUUUCUUGUUGGAAAUGGAAGGGCACGUUCCGACGGACUUGAUCCGCAUGCCAACGAGUCAGUUCCUCUUUCUUUUGGCCAUCAUGCCGUCGGGGUCGUAAAAUUCCAAAUCAGGAUGCGGCCCACAUACUGUUGGUGAUCGGGGUGUUGAACAAAUGGGAAAGAACCCCUUCUUUAAUUCGGUCAAAUUGAAGGUACUGGAAAAGGAAGCCAGCAGCAUGGGCAAAAACACAACGAGUCGAUGAAUUUGAGGGGUCCACUUCUGAACGAUAAGACUUUGGCGCCCACGGUCAGUUGAUCCACCUCGCGUUGUUGCUGGUAGAGUUCAUGAGAAUGAACAUACCAUCAAACCCUUUUAGAUUGUGAAACACCACGAGUAUCGUCCGCUCGCCCUCACAAUCUGGAACAUCCGUGAGAUCAUCCAAAUCGCGCAAAAAUUGGAGGGCACAGUCCUCCCCGUCCAAGACAUGAAUGGUGGUGUCGACACUCGACGAAUAACAUAACAAAUUAGCCACAAACACGCCUUCUGCAUUCUGCAUGGCUUCAAAAUCUGCGUAAACAAACAGGGAGGGGUGGCGCCACCAUGCGACCUCCCCUCCUCUGUCGGUUCAGUCUCCUCAUGCUCAUCCUCCACAGGCUGAAUGUAACAUUUAUGGUUCUGGAUGGACACCCAUUCCUGACACGCUGGGCAUUUGGCGUACCCGCACCGGUGACGUUGGUUACGGACGACUGUGUAUUGGGCUUGACACUUGAGACAGAUUUUGAUGGAUUGACAUUGCUUGCUGAUUUCAUGAUAACGUUUACAUUGAUGGCCAUAAAACUUGCGGUAACACAGACAGCAAUACUCAGUGGGGCGGGUGCCACGCACAAUCCGGACAAUCAAAACGUCCACACGCAGAGCAACGUCUCCCUUGACAAGUAUGAUUGGUCCGAUCGUCGGUGUUGAACCCCCGUUCACAGUCAGGCAAUAAUACGAACGAUUGACAAAGGCAGGGAAAAGACGUGCAGCCAUCAAAAUGAUCGUUGGAUUGAGUAAACGAAUCUGAUGAGGGGCGUCAGGGCCUUUGAAAAUCAAAAGAACAGUUUCAUCCGGGUCAUCACCAAGAGUUGAUAGUGAGACCCCAAGGCUUGUUGAAAACUGACGAAGCUCGGGGAUGCCACAGGGGACCUCCGCGACACCCGCUUGCUGAUGGAGGGCCUGGGCUUGACGUUGCUGCACAGGACGACCACGUUUGAGGUUCUCCCAGUCGCGAAACCCGUCCACGCCUUGAUCUUUAUGGCAAUAAGCACGCAUGGUGACAAUAGCACGAGCACAGCAUAGGGUAUCUCUAUUUUGAUGGGGACAAUGCAUCUCUUUUUCUGGUUGACUCGAUCCAAACAUAAACGUCCCACAUUGCGUUGUUUAUGUCGACCAGACCCUGGGCCGGGCAUGGAGACAAACACCACAUCCACUUGGAACCCACGAUCGGGGUUGAAGGCUUCAUUGCUGUUCAACUUGCCAGCUAGGGUAGCUAACAUCUCAUCCAAACGAGCCGUACGUUGUAAAAAAUUCUCCCACAGUAAAAUUAGCGGUUUGAUACGCGUGAGUGAACCCAUGCGCUGUAAUAGCAAAGUUCACAAAAUGAUGGGCAGGUCGCUGCUCGCGGUCAAGUUCUGUUUCAAUGGCUUGAUGCAAGGCUUCCGUGAGGGCCAUCCAAUAUUAUCUCCAGGACCAGGAUCCCUCAAUUGACGCAAUUGCGCAUUGAAUUGUGCGCGUUCCACUACAUUACGCCAGCGGCGUCGUCGACCUAUAGGUUGCAUGGUAAACUGAAAGAGAGGGCCUCGAGCGGGAACGGCUCCGCCCAAUUGUUCCCCACCGGUCAUAAGCGCGGUUUAAUAGAGCUUCUUCUUCUUCUUCAUCACUGUCAGGAUACCAGUGGUCCUCCGCCAUGACGGAGGAGGCAAUUUGAAUGUUCCCGCGCCAGACGCGGACUUUAUGAACCUAAAAAACACGUGAUCAGAUGAACAGGGAUUGGUGGAUGGGGCUCAGGUGAGAGUCAGGUGAGGGUCAGGUGAGGGGUUGAUUAGACAGGAGGAGAUUGAGGGGGUGCCCCCAUGGGUACAGAUUUUUCCAGUCUCCUCUGAGCCUGGACCGAGAGCAGUGAUUGGCGGAAAGAGGGCUAGAUAUAAGCCAACGUUCAGACCAGACGUCAGUUGCGUUCGAGACAUGCCGAAAGAUCCAGAGAAAGUGAAAAGAAGCUAAGAAGCGGUGGUACCUCAAGCAUAGAGAGAGGAUUGUGGCACAGAAACGGGAGAAGCGGGUGGCUCAGAAAAACUCAAACCGCCCAAGCCACCCAAACCACCUCCGACCCAGGAACAGUUGGCCAGAGCUCGUGAAUUGAAUCGGUUGGCCUGUAACCGAUACCGAGCCACACACGGAGAUCAAGUACGGGCACUCAACCGCAAGUACUACCAUCGACACCGCGAUAAGAUCGUCCAACAGCAACGGGACCGUCGUGCCCGAGCUCGAGAGACACCCAUCCGUUUAGAAAAUUGCAAGCCUUGGCCGAUGAGUGCAGUGCCGUUUACUAGAGUUGGAACAUGGAUACGCCAGGAUCGCGCCAGCCCCCAAACCCCAGGAAAAAACGGGACCCUGUGAAAACAAAGCGCAACAAAAAGCGUAUCGGCAACGUCUAUAUGCCAAACCCAACGGCAUAGGGAUGUCAAGGCCCUUCACCGUCGCCGGUAUCAUGAACGCAUGGCUCGGUUGAAAGUCAGUGGUGAGUACGAUGCCUUCAAAGCUAAAAAAUCCCAAGAGGGCAUGCAGCGCUACUACGGCAUGAGCAAGGAACAAAGGGAGGAGGUCAAGCGUAAAACGCCCAAUGUCAGAAAAACUGGCGGGAGAAAAUGAAAGAGCGAGGACCUACCAGGCUUAUCUGCAACGGACCAAUGCCCAUCGACGAGAGCAGGCCGCCCAGAAAAGAAAAGAGUUGGGCGAGGAAGGGUGAAAGCGUUGCAGAAAGAACGGUACAACAAGCGAAUGGAAGCCAUUCGACGUCGAGAAUGGUCCUGGUUGGACGAGGCAUUAGAGCGUCCCUUUCCCUCCGUGGUUGCCAUUGGACUUGCCCCUAAGUGUACCUAAUGAGGACAGUGUGCAUACCCUUCGUGCAGAGGCUUUACAAAAAUAGACUCGUGCUUGUAAGAACAAACGUUUAAUUAAAUCAUGUGUAUUGUGCUAUUGAACAUGGUGUCUUGUUUUUUAUGACUAAAGGGGUUUACAUGCCGAAUCAAGUUUAGCUUUCAUAAUGCACCUCACAAUACGCUCUGUUAAAUUUUUACUACCGGGGAGUUGAUCAAUCUUGGCAAUCAUCUUGCGAUCCGCUGCCCAUUUGUCUUUCAAUGUCUUGGCUUUAUCAUAAUCGAUGUCAUGGGCUUUGGCAAUCCUGUCCAACCGGUUGAUACCGGGAUCCCCACAGGCCAAUCGUUUUUUUUUCAAAUGAGUGCCAGGGCCCAUAUAUUGAUAACCAGGCCAAUGAAAUUCAAUGCCGGUCUUGUUAAGGAGGUUCUGCACAUCAAAUAACUUGCCGCCCCGUUGCGACCGUCGUCGUCGUCGCUUGGCUCGGGAACGGGAGGCCGCAGCACGGCGUUUGCGUCCCAUCUUGGGGGUUUUCCACGAUUUCCAAUCCAAAGGCUUUCUUGGCCCAACCUGCGGCUUUCUUUUGGCGAUACUCGUAGCUCUCUUUUUGGCCGCUUCUUUGGCUUUUUGUCUGAUUUUGCGCUUGACGGCUAAGGAGGGGGGUGUCCCAAGGUGUCAGGCCCACGUCCUCUGAAAAGGGCAAUUCUUUGGCCAACUCCGCACUGGUCGAUGGGGUGGUAAACUUGAGUUUCUUUUUGGCACUAGGGGUGAACUUUGGCUUGGGCGGGACAAGCGGUUUCUGGGUCCACCAGUGGGGGUGCCUUGUUUUAUACCCUGGGUGGCCUUGACCAAUUGCGUAAACCAGGCUUGCAUGGGACCCGCUUCAAAAUCAUCGUCGCCCGGCGUCGUGGCCCCGGCAGCAGUCACACCCCCAGCAGCAGCUCAAACGGUUGGCGCACUUUUUAGUCCAAUGGCGUAAUUGACGGCUGACGGCUUUGAGUUGAGGCCGUUUCAGGCAUCAGGGACAUCACUGGUCAGAAGGACAUGUUGUUUGGCGGCUAAAUCGGCGGCUUUGGUUAAGCGGGUGUCUUCCACCAAUUCUUGUUUGUACUGGUCUCGUAAUUGUAAAAAAGCCGGGGCGUUGUUCACCGUGGUGCUGACCAUCUCGGGUUCCAUGGUGCAACUGAGGGGUCGGGUCUAGCGCAUGCAACGUUUAUAACAUCGGUAGAGUUCCGGCCAGGGCACCCCUUUUGAGCCAUCAUGAUGGCGCGUCGUCGUUUGACGGAAUGAGCGGGUUUAGCCAUGGCGCGUAAACUCUGAGCGUGAGGUUUGAGCAACGUAAUGGUCUGCCGGGAACGGGGACGGUACCACGGAGGGUGUUCAUCACCAAUUCACUGACCGCAUUGAUCUGAUCCGCAUUGGCCAUCCGCAACAAUUCUUGUCGUUUGUGUUGAUUGGCUUCUCGUAAGACACUUUUUAAGAACGGGGCUUGACGUUCCAUGCGCCACCCUUGAUGAAUCUUGAGUUCAGGCAAGGACCAAGGUCUAUUUAUGGUAAAAAUAACCCACACCGACCACACAAUUCACCAUGAUAAUGCGUUUGCAUGUGAUGUCGACACCGGGCACACAAAGCGGCGUCAUACUGGUCAUCCCAAUCCAACGCAAACGUGACGGCUUUGCGUUUUGGGCGUCGUUUAGUCUGGGCGUCGUAGUCGGAUUCUGGGUUUGAAUUUCCGGAGAUACAAAGGCGAGAGAGCCAUUGCCAAAAGCGGGAGUUUAGCACCGCGUUGGCGUCCACGUCGGCGGCGUCGUAUUCGAGGGACAUAACGUUGUCGGCGACCGUUGGGUCCACGGACCAUCCUUAAUGGGAAUCGUGUGUCCAACAAGCGUUUCUUUUAUAGCGUGCAUGGAGCUUAGAAAUCCCAUCCCUUUGCGCGUCUCAACAUCCGCUGGACCCGUCGUUGGGCCAGUCGUUGAUUGGCUGCACUCAUCUUGCCCACUUUCUUUUUCUUUUUCUUCAUGAGGACGGCGGCAGCCACCGCUGCGGGAAUGAGAAACGGGAGAAUACCCCCGCGUUGUUGUCGGCGUCGUUUUCGUCGUCGUGGACCACAAUGCAUGAUGAUGAACUGUCCGAGGGAGGACACCCCUUGAGUCUUUUAUAGUUUUUUUACAUAAUGGAACAAUUAAAGGAUUCCCCCGCGUAUUUUUUCCGUUUACCGGAAGCCACUUCUCGUCGACGUUUUUCGCCAAUGGCGAUGGCACGCUUGGUUUGAUGAUCCCCGAUGGCUUUGGUGAUCCCAUAGCCGGCUUUGAGAAUCCCUAGGGGCAUGCUGACCGCAACGCCCCCUACUUGACUCACACGCCGUCGUCGUUUAGCGGGUCGUCGUCGUGUCGUCCUGCGUUGGCGUUUGCGUCCCAUCGCGUAUCGACAACGGCCACACAUUUUUUGGGACAGGGGAAGAAAGGUCCCUGUUUUUAUAUACUACGACCUCGUCCACGGGCUCGGCCCCGUCCGCGUGCUCGGCCACGGCCCCGUCCUCGGCGUGGUGGUCUGGGUGGACUUGGGCUGGAGGUUCGGGUGGAGGUGCGGCGCACCGAGGGACGACCCCCCUCUUCAUACACGGUGGUCACCGUAUUGGUGUGCGUGAUGUUGCGAAUCCGUCGACCUCGUGCCCGUUCUUGAGCAUCUUCAUUGAGCAAAUCCAACCGUCGCCUUAAGCCUCGCCGUCGAUCGUCAUCAUCAUCAUCGCCAUCCUCGUCAUCGGACGGAGGGGACGAACCUGGGGAGGGUGGGGAGGGCACCCUGGGGCGCCGUCGCGGUUGUUUGGCAGCCACGGUGGGGCGUCCCGUGGGGGUCGUUGUCGUCGAGGUAGUGGUCCUGGUUCCUGCCCCGACACUGCGGCGGGAGGUGGAGGGGCGGGCAGGGGCGGUGGUGGUCGUGGCCGUGGUGGUAGGGCGUGUUCGGGUGGACGUGACGGGUCGUGGUCGGCUGGUGGUGGUGGUGGGGCGGGUUGGGGCUGCCGUGGUGGUGGUGGUGGCAGUGGUGACAGGGGCUGUGCCAGUGCCUGCCACGGGCGGGAGUGUGAAGGCAUUCAAGGCAUCGUCUACAUUAACCGGGUAGGUCAAAUUAAAAUCCUCAAUGUCUUGCUGCAAUUGGGCACGAUCCACGGGUCGAGACAAUUCGGUCACCAUGUCCGUCAUGCUGCUGAGAUCUCGGAGGACCGAAGGGGAACCUACCCCCGCGGGCGUGUGAGCGUCCAUGCGAGCGGCUAACUCAGUAUGUUGUCCGCCUUCUCUUUGCCGCCGUUGACGUUCGCGUUCUCGUAGCAGCACGUUUUCGAACGGCAGGGACAUCCGCCCGCAAGGUGUGGACUUGCGCUUUGCCUUCUCGGGGCGUUAAAUGACUCCACAGGCGGUAGCGAUCAUCCGAGGCUGGAUGCACAUCCAACAUCAAAUAGCCAAAAGGUCGAGCCGUGAUGCGUUUAAAUAGGCGCAACACUUGACGCCACCGAUCCGGAAAGGCUUGCAAUAAAAUGGUCCGUAUCCCUGUUUGAUCCCGAGGGUUUUUGAAGGCCACAAUGUAAUGCGCGUUGCGAUUAAUGGUCUUGGAAAAUUUGCCCGGCGGGAAUAAAUCUUGCGUCAAAUACAACACCGUGAUGUUGCGAUGAUGCGAAUCUUUGGUGAACAAAUCCAACACGCGCUUGUCUUGUCCCCCUUCUUCCAUCAGGUCGUCCAAGACCAGCACCCCGCCACGCGUUCGACCAAACCAUUGCGUCAAAUGACGGGGGUCCGGUAACCCGCGAUAAAAUUGAAUCCCAUCCUUUUGUUGCAUCCGCUCGAAUCGGGGUUGCCAACGAUCAUAGGCAUACACAAUCUUACGGGGUUUGACUUGAAAGACGUUCAGGUACCGUAACCAUUGUUCCACCAAAUCCGUCUUGCCACUGCCCGACGGGCCUGCGAUAAUCACACUGCUGGGUUGUCGGAUCAUGAUUCCCACGGUCGAGGGUGACGUCGAUAAUGACCCGUGGCUCCUUUAGCACCCAUGCGUUUAUACCGUUUGUCGCGUCCCAAUUUAUCCCCGAUUUUAUAGGCUUUGGCCAACACGCUCAUGAUGCCUCGUCCGUUUUGGCGAAAACGGGGUCGUCGGGUGCCCUGUCGUCGUCGCCGUCGUCUGCGGUGGGGCAUGCUGUCCAAUACUCGCGAUACACACGUGGCGAUUCAGACUGGAUCAGACCUUCCAUGAUCUCUCUUAAAUACGUUUCGCUCAUACUGUCCAUAUACUGUUUGAGGGACACCCAAUCUUGGUCUUGGGCCAAUUGUCGGGCCAUGAGCCAAUGAUACCCAUCCCACGCGUCAAUCCCUCGCACUGUGUUGACCCGUUCGAUGGGGUGUUCCCACCAAUACAAGGUUUCUUCGAGAAUGAACGCAUCCACAAUACGCUGGACAUCGCUUCGCGUAAUCAUCAUGAGAGACAAAUGACCACUCGUGGACCACACAUUUCGUUUUAUGGGUUUUUUAUUCAACACUCACAAUGAUUACAAGUGAUAAAGGCCUGGCGGCUCACAUUCUUUUGCCCCCCAUCCCGUCGGGCAUCGACUUCAUCUUGUAAUUCCCGUUUGAUCACUCGUUUCAACUGCUCGGCCACUUUUUGAUCAUUCAACACUAAAUUGUCGCAACUCCAUUGACUUAAAAAUUCUUGAUAGGUCCGUCCUUGUGCCCGGGCUUUCAAGAAAAAUAACGCAUAAUGGCCACAGGUUUGACUAUCCAGGGCUUGCAGGGUCUGGUCACUGCGCGUCAGGUACUUCCAUUGACCCCACCAUUGGUGCAACUCCGGGGUGGUGUAUACGUGCAGGGGUAGACCAUAACUGUCAAAGAUCUCGCACUGGUUCUUUUCGGUCCACAGGCCCAACCAAUGCUGGCCCGGUUCUCCCGCGGGGUCCGUGUUGACAAUGUAGGCUUGACGGAUCUCCUUGGCGGGGAUCGGGGAGUUGGUCGGCGGGAUGCACCCAUGAAACACGCGUCGUAAUUCAGGGUCUUCAAGGCCAGGGUCCGCAACACAGCAUCACUGAGUGCCACAAACUCCAUGCUCGGUGUCUUUUUGACUUCUGAUUUCUCAGCCGUUGAUGUUGUACUUUAUACCUCCCAGAUGGUUGAUCUCAUACAUGUUUUCAUACUCGCUCCAUACCAAGACGGUGACGUUGUGUCCCACAGCCGCCGAAAAAUCAAUGAUCAAUCGCGUAUUGCCCGAUUGACGGGGGUUGCGAUAUUCAGGGUCAUCGGCUUUUUGACUAGGCACAUUGUUGAACAUGAACAAGGUACAAUUCUUGCCUUGUCCCCAAUCACCAGGCAGCAGCAUAGGAAUCUUGUGUUCAUUGUAGACACCCAUGGCUUGUAGAAAUCGAUCGUAGCCCAGCAAAUCUUCAUAGGCUUGGUCUCCUGUCAAUUGCAGGGUUCUGUAAGGGUAUUCUUCUCCAUUCAAGGUCUGUCGUACUUGGGUGACACCAAACUUUUGAAAGGCAAAAGGGUAUCUUUCCAGGUCUCCAUUGAAGGCAUCCGAAUGCAAUAAUCCGACAAUCACUCGAUCAGGAAAUCGUCCCACAAACACAUUGUCUUGUUCCCAUUGGGUGGUGCGUCCAUCAAAGGAAAAGGUGCGAAUUUCACUCCGCACCACAGGGUAGCGGGCAAUCUGUUUGUUCAGUUGUCUUUCUUUUUGCAGUCUGACAUAGACAGCAGCAUUCAGGGUCACUUUUCUCAUCAACAAGGUGACUUUGAUGUCAUCAUUGUGGAUGGCUGGAAUUUUCUUGGUGACUAAGGUGCCUUUGUUGGGGGAGCCCAUCAGGUAGAUGGUUUUGGGGUUCAGGAACAGUUCAAAGUCCAACUGGAUAUUGGGGACCAACAAUUUGCCUGUAUGGAGGGUGGGCAAAUGGGGACGCACGAUGAAGGUGUGCCAAUUUUCACUCAGUAACUUGCUGGUCAGGGCACGUAACUCUGCAUUGCCACUCCAAUUGGCAGCCACAGGGACAUCGGAAUUGGCGGCGGUGGCUCCUAUUUCUUCUGCUACAUUCAGCUGAUUGACCCAUCCUUGGGCAGCUAGCUUGGUGGCUCCUUCUUCUCGGUUGUAAUUCAGCAGGGUUUCUAUGUAGGCUCUGUAAUGGUAAGUGUUGCUCUGUUCGGUCACAAGGACGCCAUUCAUGCUCAUGGUAAUGUCUCGAAAGAUGGAUUGCCCAAAAUUGUUGACGCAGUAGACAUGUCUGGUUUCGUUGGCAUUGGAAAUGAGUAGACCCGCAUGCAGUCCUGUAUACCCGCCGGCGGGAUCGGUCAAACGCACUUUGACUUUGAAGCGGAGAGAAUUGAGAUCGUAAUAAUCGUCAGAGCCAGGAAUGGAGAAGGUGAUGGGCUGGAUGCCUGUCAAAGCGGGUUGAAACUCCACCUCCCGCGAGGCUUCGUACCGAUAAUCCACAUCGGGCACGUCAAACAGUUCGAGCGACAUGGUGCGAUCUGUCCACGAGGUUCAACGACGUCCUCUUUUUAUACCUUUUCGUAGUCUGUGCCAAUCAUGGAUGGGAUGCGCGGCGGGAAAGGGGCGGUGCGGAAAAUCGAUUUGAAUGCGUUUUUUCAAUCGGCUAAAGACGUUGCCUCCUUUCUGUUUCUUUUUCUGUUUCCGGGCUUUGGCUUGAUUGGCCCACAACACUGUUCGGAGAUCCCCCUUGCCCAACGCCCCAAGAAUCUUGCCCCCUUUCAUGCGGCGCAGGGCCUGUUCCACUCUCCAUCGAGCAGGAUUGAUGCCAUCGGCUGCUGUGGGGAACCCCAAAGGAUUUUGGCGCCUACGAGUGAACUUGCCAAAAAUCGUGCCCCCUUUCAUCCUGCGCUGUAGGUAACGAUCCAAUUGGCGGGAGGAUGUGUGCAUCAGCGGAUAACGCGCUGUCGUCGACUUGCCAAAGAUCGUGCCUCCCACUUGAUACGGUGAAAUGAACCGUCCACGGGCCCGUUGCCGUCGAACGCGAUUUUGCGAUUUGAGAAAACCUCCUACACGUACCAUUGUUUUCACAGUCCAAAGAUGUCCCGUACACGUUGCGUGGCUCUUUUAUAGGUAUUUUGAGCGGACCGUUUAACCUUGUGUUUGCCAGUCGUCCAAGCCAUGGCGGGGGCUUUGCGUUUCAAGCCGCGGCUGAGUUGGGCACUUCGAUCCGCCCAGGUGGCUGCAGCACUUUUGCCGCGUUGAAUAUCUUGCAGUCCCGCUUGAGCUUGUUGCACGAUCAAGGGUCCUGCCAGUUUGAUCAAGUCUUCGGCCAAGCCUUUGCCCUCUUGCUUGGUGAGCACGGGCGUGUGGUACCGCGUUAAACUGCCUCCGCGCAUGGUUCACGUCGUGUUUUGGACCUGCCAGAGACGUGGGGGUGGCUUUUUAUAGUUGUUUGAGACCAAUGGUCACCAGGGUUUUGCCGGGGGGUAAAGGGGCCAAGGGUCCACUGGUACUGGCAAUCUCCACUUCCAAGAUGUCUAGUUGAUUUCCUCGUAGUUUGAUCCAUUGGUGGUGCAAGGGUUCGGCUGUACUUUCCCCAUCGCCGGUUCUCAACAAUUGCACUUCUCGUAACAGGGGAUACUUGCCACUGCCCACCACCGUGGAUUCCACCAGAUCCGAAUAGACCAUGACGGUCCGUCGGCGGGUCCCCACAAUCUUUUCAAACGAGGCAUCCAGGUUAUUCAACCGCCAUUCAAACGCCUGGUGCAAUCUCAUCCAUUUCACAUUGUCUUUGGUCACGAUGAAAAACGCUCGGCUGGUAUAGUUGACCCCCUCGUACACCUCCCCUUCCCAAUCGUAAUAGGCUCGAUAUCGACUCCCGGCGGGACCUGUGGUCUCAUCAUAGGUCUUGGUGGGCAGAGAAUAUUGCAGAUUCGGCCCUAUCACAUAAUCGCUCUGGCUGUUUCCAGUCUUGCCCGUCUUGAGGCGCAGCAAGCCAAACUUGAAUGCAAUGUCCACAUUGAUGUAAAACUCCACCAUGUUGAUUUGUCUAUUGUUCAACAACUGCUUUUUAGGAAUCGCUUCAAUCACCAGAGACUCAUCUUUCCAAGUCAUUCGGGGCAUGCCGUGUUUAUUGACAAACACAAUCGGUUUUCGGUCGCUAUUCUUGAUCAGUUCGUUCCAUUGAUCUUUCAUCGUCGUGUACAUGAUGAAGUUAUGCAUUUGUUGCGCCACGCGUUGCCAAAACUGUCUCCCCGUCGCCACGAUUUGAGUGGGAUUCAUGACAUCUUCCAAUUCAAUCAUACCGGUCACCGUGGGGGAACUCACGCUCAAAUACCCUGAGGUCGAUGGGUUACCCGUGUCUGUCCACAGACGCACCGAUUGUGGAUACUCGUAUCGGACCACUUUGGUAUGCGGAUCCGCGGCAAUGAUGGCAUUGCUCUGGCCUUGAUCUGGCACGGUCAGGGACAUGAGCGAGGCAUGCCAGCCUGUGCCUGGUAAGUCCAGGCGUUCGGGCAGACGGACCUUGAAACUGUUGUUGGCAUUGUUGGGAAACUCGUCGGUCGGAUCGCUGAGGAGCGUCAAGCGUUUAAUCUCACUCAUGUUGAGGAACAAGAGGCACGUCUAAUAGGGUGCAGGGUCCUUUUAUAGCCACGUCGCCACUUUCUGUUUACUGCGAGGGACACGUCCCACCACUGAAUUGAAGGUCGAUUGUUUAGGAUGAAAACAUACUUGCUGGGCAAUGUUGGGAAAGGCCCGGGCCAGUUCCAUCAGGGUCAUGCAAGUCUUGGGUUUGGGGGGUUUCUUCUUGCGCAUGGGGGGAUGACGUCCGGCACGUCGGCGUUGUGGUUUUUUCUUGGGUGGGGACCGUAGAGCCCCUCGUUUUUUGGCAUACUCCUCGGCUCGAUGGUAAGCGUUGGCGUAGGCCCAUUGCUGUUUGGUGGGACUGGCCAACUUGUCCCACCACGGUUGGGUUUGCCGUUGUUCGGCGGCUUUCUUCUGGAUAAAUUUCAGGACGUCCGCGUCACUGGUGGGCGAGGGCGUGUAACUAGCUCGCGGUCGACUAGAAUCCGCCAGGACUUCAUCGAGAAACCGCACCCGCUUUUUUCUUUUUCGAGGCGUUAUUUUGACGCGGACCAUGUUGCGCAGGAAUCCAACUAUCGUACUUGGCCGGCCACCCUUUCCACCGGACCAAGAUCUGACGUCCUUUCCGUUUCAAGACUUUUUCGAUUCGAAACAACGAAUCGUCUGAGACUUGGACUUUUUGCACAUCGGGUUCGUAAAACGUGCCUUUUAUAGGCGUGCCGUCCCAUUCACUGAGUCGAUAAGUGACCACAGGAUGACGACGCACAUGCGUGACCACAAACACUUCUUCUGUCCAGCCCGGCAAAUACCCUUUUUUGAAGGGACGAUGUUUCUUGUUGAGACGUACCCGAUCGCCCACUUGACAUUUGGGUGGGGGGAUCUUGGGCUUCAACCGUGAUCCAUAGAGUCGAUCCCAUACCUCGGACUCGUUUCGAAAGGUGACUUGAUGCGGCGCUAACCCAAUACUGCGAUGAUACGUGUGAUUGUAGGUAUAGAUCAAGGGUUGCAAGACGUCCACGUACCGCAACGUAUUGUGCGCGGUGAAAUACCGGUACAUGCGUUGUUUCAAGGUACGAUGCCAUCGUUCCACCACCGAGGCCUUGCUAUCUCCAUAGGUGUAAAAAUGAUGCCAAUCGUGUUUCUUGAACCAGGCUUGGACCUGUCGAUUCAAAAAUUCUUGGCCUUGAUCCGUUUGUACACGGAGGGGUCGUCGUGGUGAGGCCUGUCGGCGUAUGGCUUCCAACCCUUUGAUCAUGUUGGCGGCACUCUUGGAUUUGAUGGGGACGGCCCAGGCAUACUUGGACAGGACGUCGAUGACCGUCAACAAAUAUUUGUGGCCUUGGUUCCACCGACUGAGUUUUUGCAUGUCCACUAAAUCCAUCUGCCAUUGUUCGUCUCGGCCAAAGACCAAGGUGGGAGUGGUGGGAAACCGGGUCCGUCGGGGUUUGUGGAGCGUAUAGCUCAACACGGAUUGAAGAAUCUGUUGCGCUUGCGGGGAUUUCAAUGUAUGGGCUCGGGCAAAGGGUUGGACCCCACCCAAGGCCCCCGGUGCUCGGGGAUCUUCGUAAGCGCGUGGCAACGACAUCAAGACACUGACACAGGAUUCGAGUCCAAGUUUGUCUUUUAAUAGUUUUUUUCACCUACAUGAAUUUUCAAAACAAACACAAACUGCCAAAGUUCUUAUGUAAAUGGCGCCUUCUCUCAAACUCUCGCUCCUGGGCUUGGGCAGACUCACCAAACUGUUUCAUCCAUGGAUCAUACUUUAGCUUAUCCAUCACGGGGUUUGGCCUCUCACCAUAACGCAUCUCUACAGCGUGCAGGCCCCAGGGUCUCUCUUUUUCUGGACCUUUCAUAAGAGGGAGGGACUCCUUGACCCAUCGUCUCAUGGUCGGUUGCGCUUGCUCUCGGGGGCACCACAAGGGACCAUGGAGCCAUUGAAAGUAGCCACAGGGUUCUCUCCCAGGGACAAAGCUCCCACAACUGAAAAACACUUUGUUACGAUUUUUGGCCGUGCGACUCAAUUUCAUCUUGGGAACAAACUCACACUUGCACUUGAGCUCUCCGUGUUUCAAACGGGCAUGGACUUGAGGAUGCGUGUCGUUUUUUAAAGCCUCCAUCAUUAUUUCUCGUGUGUCUUCAAACAAAUAGACCGGACACCCUGGUUGAGGACACUUGAAUCUCAGGGGACCAAACCUGGCUUGGGGGUUGACACAUUGAAUGAAUUGAUGGGGAUGAAACGGGCACACUUCAUACAGGAGUUGGUUGAACUGGGUAUCCAUCUGGUCUAUGUCCUGGAUGUCCCAUUCUCCCACUUCGGUGGCUGGAUCUGAAUGAAACGUCCCUUCCUCUACACAUUCUUCUUUAUAGUCUUUCAGGGUGCCCUCCAUCAAUGCGUUCACAGAUUGAUCGGUGGGGGAAGGUGUGGGCAGUGGGUCCGCCGCUUUAGGCAAGGCAUUGAGCGCGAUCACUAGUUCACUGGUAGGGGGUUGUUUGGCUUUCAUCUCCGCGAGUUCUGCUCGGGAAAACCCGAGCUCGGCCAUCUCCUGAUCAUGAUCCGCUUUCAUCUGUGCAGCUCGCGCUUGGGCUUUCUCCUCCUCCUCUUGUUUUUGUUUCUUACUGACGCGACGUCGUUUGCGUCCCGAAGGCACGGCGGCAGGUUGAGUGGCUUGACGAUUCAUCUGGACGAAUGAGUUCCAGGGAGCGUCUACUCGGUCUUUUAUAGCCCCUCCUCCUACCUCAUGUGAUGUCCCUCGUGAUGCUCAUACGAUCCUUUUUCCACCAAUCCGGACUCGUCCUGGGCUCUCGUGAGGGUGGUGUGAUCUUGGUCUCCGCCAAUCAAAAACCACCUCCGCUCCUAUAAAACCAGAUGUGACUCACCAGGGUCUCAUUCUGUCCAUGGCAAGCAAAGUUGUCGUCAGCAACGGUGUAGUCCUUCACAUUGUAAGUAAUUAUGGCAUUGAACGAAGUGGGUCUGUUGGUAUUCAGUCAGGGGUUUGCCCUCUCCCGCGACGAGUAUAUCAUUCGAGAACUGGCUUUUUGUGAUUGGACGGGGCAUUAUCAUGGCUUGAUCAAAUAUUUGUUACCCGAAGGCAUGUCGUAUCAUCAUUUAUCCGAAAAAGCCCGAACGCGCGUCGAUCGUCAGACCCAGACCGUGCAUGGCUUGCCGUUUGAACCCUACACCGCGUACAAUCGCCAAGACUUUCAUCCCUACGAACAGAUGCGAGACGAUAUCACCCGUUGGUGUCAACAACAUCUCACCUCCCAGCGGGGACGAUUGGGGGUGUUCACGUUCAAUGGGCUGACUAAAAUGUUGCAAGAGCCCCCGUUCGCCUACCCUCUCGUGGUCCUAGAAGGGCAGGGGUGUGGGGACUUGGCCAAUCUCCCUAUUGCCACCGCCAAUGUCAUGGCUCGCCAGGAUCAUGGUCGCAAUUGGUGUGAGGAUCAUUCUCAUGGAGCCCGUGGGAGUGGUAUCUGGCAUGAUCAUUGCGCCCAUGUACGGGUCUGUCAAAUGAGUGGAUGGUUACGUCGCCAGACCCAUGUCUUACCCACCCUCUCGCAAAUCAAUGCCCAACGCGUGUUGUGGCAAAAACGGUGUGAUCGAUUAUUAGACUAUCUGUUAUGCAACUAUUGUACCGAGGCCAAAGAUCAGGCGUUUGCCAACGGUCAAGGACUGGAUUGGAUCCCGGAUAAUUGCAGUGAUUGUCGAAGCGUCAUACAUGUCUUUGAACAAACCGUGACCCAGCGGGAAUGGGAUGUACCCCUGAUGUACGCCGAUGAUGAACCGCAUACCAUGUGGGCUUGGACGCCCAUCCCUCGUCAUAAACACUGACUUUUUUUCAUUUUUUUCACAGAGUAUGCCUUUGACUAUUUACACCGGAGGAGCUAAAGGUGUGGACACGCAUGCGGAGCGAUUAUGUCACUUGUAUGGUCAUACCUGUGUGGUCUUUAUCCCACCCUGUCACCCUCGAUCCAAGUCCCUCGCGCCCUUGACCCAGUCCCAGUUGGACGCGGCCACCCCGACCGUCACCCAGGUGGCGUUUCGAUUGGGUCGACAACUUCAUCAUCCUAUCAGCCUCCAGUAUAUUCAACGCAAUUAUUACGUGAUCCAGCCUGCGUCCCUCGUCCUGGCUUUGGGUCAUUUUGACGAAUAUGGCAAGCAUCUAUUGGGUGGCACAGGAUGGGGUGUGGUCAUGGCCCAGAUUUUAGGCAAACCCCUUUAUGUGUUUGAUGUGGACAAAGAACAAUGGUCUUGGUGGAAUCCCACCUCCCAAGAGUAUCAUGUCUGUGAUGGUAUGACCGAGGAACAAAUCGCCUUACCCACCCUCCAAGACAAGACCGCCAUUAUCGGCACCCGAGAAGAAGACCCUGUCCUCUAUCCCACCCUGGACGCUUUAUUUAAACGUCAAUAAACAAACACUGUUUCAUAGAACAAAUCACGUGUUUUUAAUGUACAUCAACGAUAACAAAAUCCAUGGCUUCCAUCACUUUAUGAAUCAAAUCCAGUCUCGUCAUGACUUUGUCUAUGGUAUUGUACGAGGGCUUUCUCCGGCCAAUCAUGACGGGGCGCUCACCCAAGGGUGUCUCGGGAAUCCGAUGAGUGAAUUCCCUAAUGAUAAAGGCAAUGCCCUCAUUCAUCAACCUAUCCAGAUUGGGAGGGACACGGGCCAUUUCCGCCAUCAUGCCAACCUAAAACAAAAAAAAUGUUUUGUCAGUGUCAAGGUCAUGAGAAGAAGGCAAAAAAAACAAAAUCACUCACCGACAUCCGGUGAUCCGACAUGCGAUGGCAAUGGUGGCACCCAUUGGUCCUGGGAGCAUGCAAUCGCACGAUCACUUGGUUCCAAUGCAAGCCUUCGCCUAGGUGCUUGGGAUACCCUGUCAUGGCGCAUUUGGGCAACCUCUUGAACUCUCGCACCACUUUUUUGCGCUUGUCCAUCGUGUAAAAACACUCCACCCAAAACAUGAUCUUCACUUGUACUUCCAACGGGAGCACGUUGCCAAACGGUUUAUUCCUGGGGUCGACCAACCCUCGACAGUCCAUGAUGAGAGUGGCCAAGCAUGGAAUGGGCUCUCUCCACUCUAGUCUGCCUUAGUUAUCCGUUCCUUGGACCAAUCACUCACUCGCACCAGGCCUUGGAGUCUCACCCAAAAAAGUGUACCCAUGGGGGGUACCCCCUAGAGUUUCCUCUCCUGGUCAAAUUCUCCCACAUGAUCUCGCUCCACCAAUCAGCGCCUCUCAUCAAGUCUCUAAAUCCCGUUGCGCGCUCCGUGUGAGCUCAUUCCAGUUUGAUCCGUCAAGCUAUCCAAGAUGGUGAGCUCCUUGCAGUCAAUUGUGUUGUUCUCGGUGCCGAUCGCUGUCUUAUUCGACAUGCUCAAGAUUCUCCACCACCUCCCGAUGGGACACGAGUGUUAUCGCGCCUUAUUCCGUCGCUGUACUCAUGAGGAACUCAGAGCCUGGGCCAGAACGUUGCCAUGGGACCACCCCAUCGCCAGGAAACUGGAUCACGAGGUCCAUCGCCGCCGUAUGGCUGGUGAGUUUUAUAGCUUUCAUUUUUUUUGGGGUGUGGGACCCUUUUUUCUUAUACCUUUUUGAUUUUCACAGAGGUAUUCAAGGGGUUCGAGUUUCUACGCACUGUGUUAUGGCCUGUCCAUCUAUGUCUUUGCCCUCGACGUGCUAGACUCAAUUGGGUCGCGCGGUUCUGGGUUCCAGCCUGUUCGUGUUGAUUUUCAUUUUUUCGUCAGAUUCUUGGGAGUAUGUGGAGAAUCAGCCUGUGUGUCAUAUCUAUCAAUGGGUGGCUCAUCCCACCCCUAGCGGGGUCUGUAACCAUUGCGAGCGGAUGAUGGAUGGAUUCAGACUUGAUGACAUGAUUGCAGGCCUCAGGGUGGGGACCCUCACCGAAGAUGAAAUAGUCGAGUAUGUUCAGAGUGGGGACCCUAACCAUCGCGAAUGGGACGACUUUCCUUUGCGCAUGACGUUUCGCAUCAAUUCGUUUUUACGGUCCCAGGGUAUUGUGGGUGAACCGGAUUUGGCGGCCCUGGAUUUUUUUUAGAGGAUUAAUUUUUGUAUUAACUAUUUUUUAGGCACGCAUUGCCUGUUACGUCAUCAUUUGCAUUGGAUUCCGAGUGUGCGCUCUUUACGCUCUAAUUUUUUCCGAAUUUUGCAUCGUUCAUUGUAGGCUUUCAUUACACGUUAAACCAGUAUGGAGAUUGGGUACGUCCCAUUCAAUUACGAUGUCAGUAUAGCACGGUCCGAUGUGUAAUCCAACUUCAUGAAACGUUUAGUCACGUCAACAGAGUAUGGGGGAUGGAUACAUCCCGUUCAAAUGUGUAAUCCGUCUUCAUAAAACGUUUCAGAUGUGAUUUCUGUGAUUGGCCUUUAUGGUUUUCAGAUGUGAUUUCCGCCAUAGAAGAAUGGGGGUGGAUCCUUUCCUUGCAACACCAUUACCAUAUUCAUAGUGUUCGACAAUUCACUCAGUUUUGUGAUGGUACUGCUUUUUAGAUACCCGUAGACACCUCAAAAGCGGUCGCUGGUUCCGAGAUUGUGUGGCUUUUUUACUUGGACGAGAUACCAAAGACAUUUAUUAUUAUUAUUGAAUUUUUUAGAAACACAUAGUCAUAUCUACAACAGUUGCUGGUUCCGAGACCGUCUUGCUUUCUUACUCAUAAAGACCGAGUAUUAAUUUUUUUUUCGUAGAUUCGCACACUAUUCUCAGCACCCACAGGGUUCAUGGUACUUCCGCGGCCUGGUGUUUUUGUGGUAGUAUCGUACAAUGGUACACUGGAACAGGGGUUGCCCUUCCACCUUAUCCAAGACCCCUCAAAUUACUCUGUUGUCGUUGUUUUUUAAAUUUUCGUCGUGUGCGCGAUUUAGAUGUGCCCUGUUAUUGGUGUGAGAUGAUGCAAGGGAUGGGCUAUCCACCCCGUGAUUAACACCCAUCCGUUGUUUUUUUUGUUUCAGACACUCGUUUUGUCAUACGAGCUAUUUAUAUCCCUUGCCUUUUUCAGCCACUGCCCAGAUAAUAGAGAAUCACACCAGAUAUUACCAUGCUUAUCUGAUGAAGCAGUUGUAUUUUGUGUGCAAACGCUGUUGGACGUAUUCACGUCACGUGAACACCCUCCAUGAACCUUGUUGGGGAUGUCAUAUUUUAGAAAGCACAGGAUGGGAUUUUUGAACACCCGGCAGGGGGAGGUCUGCAUGGUGGCGCCACCCCUGCUGGAUGUUCAUUCUCAUUUUUUUUUUUUUCAUUUAGAUUCUCAUCGGAUGCUAGAUGAUGAGAUCCUUAAAAUCCUUAUAGACUUUGUUUCGUCUAUCCUCAAAGAAGGACCCACGCGUUCAAAUCAUUCUUUUUUUCAUUAGAAUCCCAUUGGAUCAUUGACUUUGCUAUGAUUUUUCGAGGAUGGCCCAUCCCUCAUCAACUUUCUAUCGUUCUUCAUUAGAUUCUCAUUGGCUCAUUCAAGAUCUCAUGAUUUUUCGAAGCUGGCCUAUCCCUCAUAAACUUUGCAUUGUCAAUCAUCAAGGAUGGUCUAGUUUUCUCCAUUUGUUCAAACUCAGACAUUGAUUUUUUUUGUUUUAUCAGUAUGUCAGUGGUUCUUAGAUGCUCUUAGAGGGUCCAACAAAUUCUAUUGGCUCCAACUAAAGCGUUAAUUUUUUUCGUUUUUCAUUAGUAUGUCAUUGGUUCCUAGAUACUCAAACCAAGAUAUUGAUUUUUUAUUAGCCUGUCACUGGAUCCUAGACCAUUUUGAUUAUAAUCAAGACUGGAUUUUAAUAGAAUAUUAUUGUAAACAAACAUUUCAAGGGCGUGACAUCACUAGGGUGUCACACACGUCCCACUUGUAAUCGAGGUUUGUUUUUUUAUUUUCCAGUCAAUCAUUGGACCCUAAACCAUCGCCUUGUGCGUGCCAAUGGUCGACUGUAUCUCAUCCAGUUUGCUUCUUGGAUCUAACCAUUCCUCUAUUCAAUUCGUUUCAGUCACUUUGGCCACGAUCAAAUUCCCUUUCCUCAAACCAUGGUCAUACACAGGUUUCAACCACUACAUCAAAUGGCCUCAUCCCAGUCAUAUGACUUCUUCUGCCAUGAAGCAAACACCUUUUUUCGAUUUUGUGCAUUAAUGUAAAAAAAAAAAAAAAAUGGGCGUGACGUCAGUAGGGUGUCACACACGUCCCGCUUGUACCCAGGGCUUCACGCGGUCAUUAAAACUAUGUCAAGAAUGUGAGAUUCAACUCUUGUGUGUGCGUGUUCUUUAUUCCUAUGGGGUCACGUGGUUUAAAACAAUGGGUUGUGACGUCAAUAAGUCACAUGGGCGAAAUGCGCGAUGCUGAUUGGUCGAGACGAAAUUUGCUGCGCUCUGAUUGGUUAGGACCCCAAGUAGCCAUAUGUACUACUCAACUGCACGGUUUUAUCUGCGUAUUCUAAUGUCUGGACUCUGCAUAUGGACAGCUGGUUUGGUUCAUCUAAAGGCUGUGAAUUUAAUGGACUGUCAGGGGCAGUGUAUAACGAAGACAACUUCGGAAACUACGAAGCAACUAACCCCGCUUUCCGCUGUACCUCUUCACAAAGCUCGACGAGUCAGAUCUGGCUUGGUAGUUUUUAG